CGGGGCUGCCAGAUAGUGAUCUCGGUGUGGAGUAAACAACCAAGAGAACUAGAGAAGCGGGAGUUUAAAAAAAAAAAAAAAAAAACACUUCCUGCCAGAUAGUGGUUCUCCGAUUGGCGUUAGCAACAGCGAUACUGCAGCAAAGCAAGCUGGUGGAAGAGUGAAGGCAGCUGGAAUUGGGAAGUAAGCGGAAUAUUUCAGGUGAAACAGUAACUACUGGAGGUCAGGAGGAGAGAAAACUUUCCUCAAGGUGAAGAUACACAUCAGAGCACAGCGUUGAAACAUGAGUGCAGGUGAUAUUCAGGGGGUGGUGACUACCCCUCCCCCACCCAGCAUGGGGCACAAAGACAGAUACUUCGACCGGAUCGAUGAAAAUGACCCAGAGUACCUCCGUGCAAGGAAUAUGUCUCCGGACCUGAGGCAAGACUUGAACAUGAUGGAUCAGAAGAAGAGAGUCACUCAGAUACUGCAGAGUCCGGCCUUCAAAGAUGAACUAGAAGGCCUAAUUCAAGAACAGAUGAAGAAGGGCAACAACCCUACAGGGCUUCUGGCGUUGCGGCAGAUAGCAGACUUAAUAAUGACCAGCUCGAUGGCAGGAUUCUCCACCUCUCCCCUCAGCCUUGGAAUGGUCACGCCCAUCAACGACCUGCAUGGGAUGGAGUCCUCAGCCUUUGUGAAAGGGGAGAAGCUGACUCGGUGUAAACUGGCCAGCUUGUACAGACUGGUGGACCUCUUCGGCUGGGCUCACCUAGCCAGCUCCUAUAUUACAGUGAGGGUCAGCAAAGAACAAGACCAUGUCCUCAUCAUUCCCAGAGGGCUGUCCUUUGCUGAAGCCACAGCUUCAAACCUGGUGAAGGUGAACAUUAUUGGGGACGUUGUGGAUCAGGGUUGUACAAACCUGAGCAUUGACCAUGCUGGGUUCAGCCCCCACUCUGCUAUCUACGCGAUGCGCCCGGACUCCAGGUGUAUCGUACAUCUCCACACACCUGCAGCUGCAGCUGUUUCAUCUAUGAAGUGUGGCAUCCUCCCCAUCUCCCAAGAGGCCCUCGUUCUUGGUGAUAUUGCCUACUUCAAUUACCAAGGGUGCCUCGAUGAACCAGAAGAGAAAGUUGAGCUCCAAAAAGCUCUGGGUCCAUCUUGCAAGGUGCUGGUACUGAGAAAUCAUGGUGUGGUUGCUCUCGGGGAAACGAUGGAGGAGGCCUUUCAUUACAUGUACACUGCCCAGUUAGCCUGUGAAAUCCAGGUAAAUGCAUUGUCGUGUUCCGGGGGAGUGGAAAACCUGAUUGUCCUGGACUUGGAGAAGUACAAGGCUGUCACACAGGGAGUGGCGGUGGCAGGGGUCAGCAUGGGCACCCAGCAGAAAUGGAAAGUGGGAGAACUGGAGUUUGAGUCACUCAUGAGGAUGCUGGAUAACCUGGGCUACAGGACAGGCUAUGCCUACAGACACCCCAUAAUUAGAGAGAAGCCCAGACACAAGAGCGAAGUGGAAAUCCCCGCCACCUCCACUGGCUUCCUGUUCGAUGAGGACAGCGCAGCGCCACGCUCCGCUGUCAACUUCCUGGCACAGAAACAGCAGCGUGAAAAAACACGCUGGCUCAACUCCCCUAAUACCUACAUGAAGGUGAACGUGGCGGAGGAGCCCCAUAACCGGGAGAGCAGCCCCAGGAAUAAGAUAACGUGGAUGAAGGCAGAUGAUUGUACUAAAUCCAGCAGCGGCACUCCCAUCAAAAUCGAAGAUCCUAAUCAAUUUGUUCCAUUAAACACAAACCCCAUCGAAGUUCUGGCAAAGAGAAACAAGAUAAGAGAGCAGAACCGAUUUGACCUCAUGACAGCUGGACCACAAUCUCAGCUCUUAGCCGGCAUAGUGGUGGAUAAGCCCUCGACACCGUAUGUGGUAUCAGAUGAGGAGCAAACUGGCCCCCUCCCUCCAAACCCUUUCACAGAGCUGAGUGAGAGAGAGAUGGAGGAGUAUAAGAAGACAGUGGUGCUGCGACAGCAAGGAUACGAGGAUACAGAACAGGAUUUCACAUCUGAUGAUGGUUCCACACUUUCACAGUCUCUGUCACAAACUCAGUCUCCUCUAAUAACUCCAGCUCCAGAAGCAGAAAACCACAGAGACUCCAACUUGACCCCCCAGGGCACCCCAGCUGUGAUUGUGAAUGGGAAAGACGACCUUCAUGACGUGGAGGAGGACCUGACAAAGCGAGUGAGCCAGCUGACCACCAGCACUGUGGGGAGUGUGGAAAUCACCAUCAAACCAGCGGAGAAGAUAGAGGAGACCCUGUCUCCCGAGAGCUCUCCCUCCAAAUCACCCUCCAAGAAGAAGAAGAAAUUCCGCACGCCUUCCUUCCUCAAGAAGAACAAGAAGAAGGAGAAGGCUGAAGCUUAGGGAGGAGCAUUAUUUCUUUAGUUUUUUUUUUUUUUAAAUGAAAAAUUCAAAUUUUGUGU